CACAUAUCUGACGUAGACCGGGCGUCCUAGUUAAGUCGAGAGACUCGCAUCCCCAGACGUCUUGUAAACAUGGCUUUAAAUCGAAAUCACUCACAAAACGGCGGCGUUUUGAUAAACAACGGAGAAAGUAUCCUGAGAGAGUGCAAGGAUGUUGAGCUGUCAUUCAGUGACGCCACCAGCAAGACAGACCUACUGAAGGGGACCAAGAAGGGAACUGUUUAUCUCACUCCAUACAGGCUGCUGUUUGUAUCCAGUAGUACCAAGGAUAGCCUGGGGUCUGCCAUGUUUCCCUACUACCUGAUGAAGGGCUGCAGCAUCGAACAGCCAGUUUUUGCACCCAACUAUAUUAAAGGGACUAUAACAGCUGAGCCUGGUGGUGGCUGGGAGGGCCAGGCUAACUUCAAGCUGUCCUUUACCAGCGGUGGAGCCAUAGAGCUUGGACAGCAUUUCGUUAAACUGGCCACAAAUGCAUCCCGUGCUGCUCCUGCCCAAAAUGAGACUGCCUCCUAUGGAUAUCCUUCACCUGGUAUGAUGAAUGGUUAUGGCCCUUCACCUGCUCCACAGAGCUACCCAUAUGCCCCUCCACCUCAACAAAAUGGAUUUUAUCAGGGCCCCCCACCUGCUGCAGGAAACAUGGGUUACCCCUAUCCAACUGCUGCAGGAAUGUACCCAUCUGCCCCUGCCUACAUGGCCCCACCUCCCCCGUACCCUGGGCCACCCCAGAACUGGGUUCCACCCCCUCAGAAUUGGACUGCACCACCAUCAGCCCCUCCAGGUAACUCCAAGGCCACUGAGGCAGCAGGCAGUGCUUACUACAACCCAAACAAUCCACACAGUGUCUACAUGCCAAUGGAACAGCCUCCACCAUAUGCUCCUUACCCAAACUCUCCUGAGAAGAAAAACAACUGAGGCACAAGUGCCAUCAUCAAACAUGACCCUGGUUUUUCCUGUCUGACAGUAUAUCCCUAAAGCAAUUAGUCAUGAAGGAGGAUAUGGUUAUUUUCACAUAACCAUAAGCUCAGACUAUAGAAAAGAAAGCAGUUUGUUGUUGAUAGGUUUGAGGAUGCCGCUGACGAUUCAAAUAAUUACUAAUUUUGGAUACUGGAAUGUUUUAUAAAGUGAUUGUAUGAUAUUUUUUCUCUUUUCAAAAAGGUAAACUGUAAUGACAACAUGUUAAUUUUUGACAGCCUUUACACACUGAGGACGUGACGAAUAAACGACACAAAAAUGCAAAAUAUUUCCCUGCGAAUAUUUCACAUCAAAACUUCAUACUGGCAGCAAUACGAAUUUGCAACAGAAACCCACCUUUCUCUCGCAAAUUCGCAAGAUGCGAGGGGGACUUAACCCGGUGGGUUCAGGUGUGGCGGUGCAGUGCGUGGGGAUCUCCUCUUCUUCCCUACGGGGUCAUGGGGGGGGACCUCCGCCCAUUGCCGGUUCACCCCCUGCCUCUGUUGCGGUGUGCUUCAACCGGUUGUGGAUCGGUAAGGAAAGUUUGCCUUGCUACCAUGAGCUACUCACUAUCCUGAUAGCCUACUUGUUCGGUAACGCUCCUCCACAUGUAGUCCUUGAGUUCAUUGUUUUAUAAUUUUGUGCCCUUUGCCUUACAAUAUAGGGUGAUGAGAAACAAACAAUCAGUAGGUCCGCCAUUGUCAUUAGGAGUUAUGACAUCGUUCUGUGCAACGCGAUUCAUUGAUGGCUUUAUUCGCGACGCAAAAGCUCAGAAAAAUCGACCUCAUUCCAGAAAAUUUUUCGCCGUGUAGUAUUCGCGUUCUGUGUGACAGCAUUACUGGCAAAAACAACAGUUUGAAAAAAGAUAUUGGCAUGCAAAUUGUUCACACAAAAAAAUAACGCCCCCAUUGUGUAAAGGCCUCAGUCUUUUCAGUUAUCCUAAUGGGAUUAAUUCUCUUCUUGUUGUUUAAGAAUUUGCAGUCGCUUGAUAUUUUCAAGAAGAGCGUCUUAACUAUACCUGUCAAAGUUACAGGGAAAAUGAUAGUAUUUGGAGGUAUUUUGAAAGGAUAAGGUGUAGUUUAUUGGUUACAAUUACAAUGCUUAUUAACAGUAACUGCUGUAGCCAUCUUUGUAACAUGAUUUUUUUUACAGUCAAUUUGAAAGUAUGACUAACACAUAUCAUGCAAACAUAUUUGCGUGAUGUGAUUCUGUUUAAGGCCUGAACAUUAUGAUUUCAAGUACAUUAAUCCCACGAAGACAUGAAGACUUUUGAUUAUGAUUCCAUUUACAAUACAAGUACCGGGUUCGACAACAUUUGGCAACAUCGGGGCUCAUUCAUCAGUCGUUGGUAUGUACAAAUCUGUUCUUACACAUCCAUGGAGUUUUUUUAGCCCUGAACUUUGUCUCGGGGACCAGUGUAGAACCUGGUAAUCUCCAAAUUCGGACUAACACCGAUGCCUUUUCAAGCCUGGGUGAUUGCUCAUUAAAGAGGUAGACAAUAGAUAUUAGGGGGAAGGAAUUGCAAAUAACCAUCAGGCUUUGCUGCUGACUGUCAGACAAUCUUGAGAGCUAAGAAAAUUCCACGGGAACAAAUUUGUACGUACGAACAAUUGAUGAGUGAGGCCCGAUCUCAUUUUGACAAAAAAAUAACGAAUUGAAGCUUGUUUGGUAAUUACACGACCAAAGCAUGCUUCUUUUUGGAGGGACCAGCUUGACCAGCUAAACUUCAUUAAGCUCCGUUUAGUAACUGCAAACACUGUACAACUGACAUUUUAUAAUAAUCCAGUAUAAUCUGUCAUGGAGUCCUUUGAUUUGUAGUUGGAUGGAGCUUCAUUUGAGAAAGAGGAGCGGAGAGAUUUGUGAAAUGAUGUUUGAUCAAUGUGCAAUAUUCCAACAUUUUGUGGCUGUCAUUGGUAAUGAGCUGUGGUUAUCCUUCUCCUAGCUUUUCUUGUGUUCAUGUAUGCAAAGCCAAGCUGAAACCAGAACGCUCCUCUCCGUGUAAUUACACUCGUGUGGGGUUACAGGGCCAUGUAGUUAGUAUAUCACUGCCCAUCGCUAGUUUGCCUGCAGCUGAGACUCGUGAAUUCAACUCAUUUAUUCCUGAUCAAACUGGGGUGAGGUGACUAACAGACUGUGUAAUUGCAUCCCUCUGUGUGCACCAAUUAAGACCUGUUUAGGGGACUUUUUGCACUAGUUUUAGAGAAUAAACGACCGCAAGGUUUGGAUUGUAAUUUGCUUGAAUUACUCUUAAUAUCUUAUCAGUUUCUCGUUUGUAAUUCCUUAUCUUGAGUUCCUUCUAUAUCAAUUUAAAGUUUUAAUAAAUGUGUAUAUGGAAAAUGUCCAACUGGUUUUUAGUGUUGCCAGUAUUGAAUGAUGCCUUUAACGGUAUAUAACCAUGUGUAGAACAGACUAGAAUUUUCUACGUACAAAUUGGUACUUCAGAUGGGUAAUACAUUUAUUAUAUGAAAUGCUAUCAGCUCUCCAUAUCUUCACUUUUUUUUCACAGAAAAUCACACUUUACAGAAGUAUUCCAUAACGCUCUCAAGAAUCAUCCUAAAAUAACAGGAAAUGUUCAAGCACUAAUGCCAGAGCACAAAACACCCACAACACACAAAUACUUCAUGUAACAGGUAAUGUCACUAACACAGAGUUGAGGAUCAAACAUUUUGAUAACAUUGAUAACUAUCUGAUCUGUUCAUAAAUUAGUUAAUAAAUAAAGAGAAACGUUUGACUAAUUCUACUGUAUGGC